UUUUUGCAAGUCUUCUUUUUUUGUUGUUUGUUUAACAUUUUAUCAUUUAUUUAUUUAUUUAUUGAGUCAAAUUACAUGCUCUGUAAAACCUAGAGGCAGAAUCUCCCUACUGCUCCCUCGUUCUAUUAGGAGAUAUAAAUGGUGCACCUGGGACAUGCAACCCAAUCAGGCAGCCUGGUGCAGGCAGGAGAAGGAGUGCUAUGGUAUACGUUCUCCUGAGGCACAGCUGCAAUGUUUCCAAGCCAAUAUAUAUCUAUAUACUUGGUUGAAGUAUUUCCCUAUGCCCAUAUUCCAAUUUUCACUGAAGGCGUUUUUCAUUUGAAGGCCAUGACCUUGUGAGUAUUGUAAAGGUGUUUCCCUGGUAGUGUUCAAUGGAAGUGAUAUUCUGAUAUUCUGCAUGUAGAGAACUGAAAGACUUUGUGGUUCCAGCACCCUUACAUCUGUUUCUAUCUUAAACACAAAACUGCCUAAGACACUGUUAUUUGUAUUUAAGUACAUGUCUGAACACAUUACAACAGCUCAAAGAAUCGAAUCUGUGAUUUUUCCAUACCUCACUGUCAGCUCCUCAUAAAAUAUCAUGUUUUGUUCAGUCCUUUACAUUGUAUAAGCCAAGUGAUGUUGUACUGAAGUUUAUCGUCCUGCACUGUAAAGCCAUAGGCACAUUUCUCUUGGGAACCUGCCAUCAUGAUUUAUGUGAUGAGAAGAAAGGGAUUUUGGUGUCUCAGAUGUACUGAUUCAUGAUCUGACUACUAGGGGCUCUUGUUUGCCUGGCAUUGCUUUAGUUUAUGUAAUGCUGAACUUGUGAUGAAAUGAGGAGCACUGUGAGAGCAGCCAGUAAAAGAGCAUAUGUCCAGUAAAAAUCAUGGACAGAGACGUACUCUAAGUGAGUUUGUUUUCAAGGUACAGGGUAAUACGACCUAAAACCAGUAUUACCUGACAUGUGAACAGAAACAAAAUUCAGGUUAAAUCUACCUGACAGCUGAGGUACAUAAACCUGCCUCCUAGCUGUCAGGUAUUCAGGGUGAAGAAAUAAUAAGUUCUGGGAAGCAUAAAUAUGGACUAAACCAGGAAUAUUUAAAUGCUCAGCUUGCAGGGUGAUGCAGAGGUGUGAAGCUGGGCAGGCAGAAGAGGUAGGUUCCCUGGAGAGAGCACGGAGGAGAGAGAAGCAGCAGAAUUCCCACUGGAGUCCCUUUGUUUCUGUUGUUAGUAGCUAACAUCUAUGCAACAGGCAUAGAAACAGCGUGCUGCUUCCCUUAAUCCUAAUGUGUGGAAUUGAGGAAGAUUGAGUUCAACUUCUCUGCAAACAAAACAGUAAGAAGGGCCAAUCUGGGACAGGCAAUAAGAUGGCCAGAAUCUCUUCUCUUGUGUCUGUUCUUAUCCUCUGGGCAGCCACGCAGCGGGGAAAGGGCAAUGAAAUCACAGGUGAGUGAUGCAAAGCUGUGCAGAGAACCACAGCCUUUAUGUAGGACAGCAUGCGUUGGGUGUGGGAUCGAUCCUUGUGUGAAAUAAAUAAAACUGUUGGGAGAAUGGGGAAGGUCACAGUGAACGCUUAAGAAAAUGCUGUUGACAAUUAACCGAAUGAAACCUCACCAAGCCAAAACACAGCUUUGUCCCCAGCUCCUGGUCCCCAGGCCUUGUUGUUCCUCUGUGCCAUAGAUGAAGGAAUAGGAUUGUUGCCUUAUGUGCAGAAAUGUGUGACUUUUUAACGUAAAUUGUCAUUAAAAUAAACCUUUGUAGGAAAUUAUACGGUAAUGUACCUGGCAAGUUCUGAGAGAUGCCUAAAAUGAGACUGUAGGUGACAUGCUUACCUUUCACAUACGUUGUAGGCUGCAAUUUGGAAAAACCGAAUCCAAUUGCUAGGUUUUAACUGCUAAAUUAAAUCCUAAUGUGUUCUUAAUUUCUGGGUUGAUUUAUUUCAAUGAGAAAUACUGUGAUUUUUGGCUGGGUUUUGUUACAUUUUUUUAAUUAAGUGGUUUCGCAAGUCUCAGUUAAAAUCCAAGCCACAUUUUUAAUGUCUUGCUGGCUUUUCUGCUAUUCUGCCAAAGCCACUUUUAAAGAAGCUGUUGCAAGAGAUCAGGGGUUAGCAAAACCAUGGUUGUUGCUGUUAAAAGUCAGUGGCACAGACUUAAGAAAACUGGAGUUUGUAACACCCAGAAUAAUUGAGUUCUCGACCCAUUUUUUCCUCAUGUCUUGGAGCCUUUGCUUCUUAACAAUGCUGUGUUUGGCUCUGCCCCCGGUGAACCUGUUCCAACAGAUCACUUCUGAGGUUACGUCAAGGCAGGAGAGGGACUUGUCCCUGGCUCUUGCUGCCCUCCAGCUAAAGGUUUGUCAGAUUCCAGGUCACGGUGGCAUUUCUGGCCCUGGAGAAGGUCUUGUGAGGCUUCCAGAACUGUGACUAAGUCUGUGGCACAAAUGUUAUCAAACUUGAUUGGUUUUUUUUUGCUGAUUUUUUGAUCAUACUCUCAGGUACUGACUGUUCCGGAUUUGGCUUCCAGGUCUGAGCAGCCUGCUCCUAACGUUGACUUUCCUUUCAGCUUCUUCUAAAUAUUGGUUUCUACUAACAAAGCAAUUGCUUUAAUUGUUUUUCCUCUUGUUUAACAUAAUAAAAUUAAUACUUUCUCUGCCAGUGCAGAAAACUGGUGGCUGUGAAAAUAAAAACUUGAAGCCCAAAGAUGACAAGUCUAAGGUAGCACUGCCAAUGCCAGCUGGUUCCUUUCCUCUUUGCUAUUGACUUCAGCUCUGUGCUGCUGGAAGAAAAAACAGCCAGUGCUACUCAAUUCUGCUUGAUAGUGCCUUAAUCCCAUAGAUGGGGGGUAAUGAGAACUGACAGCCAAUUCGCUAAGGAGUACAAAUUGAUCUAAGUCACAUUGCCCAGCAGGAAACCACUGUCAGCAAAUAAUUGAACUCUAAGAGUGCCAAAAUUACUUUAAACUGGAUCAAAAUGACAGGUGAUGGUAAGGUUAGUGGUGCAGCCUUAUAGUCUAGUCUCUUUCUGUGCCACGAUAGCCAUGUCUCAGACCUUCUCUCUUGGCUGUGGCAGCCUCAUUCCAUACCUAGGAUCAGUGUUUAAGUAUGAAAUAUGAUUUCAUAUCGGCACUGACAGCUGUAGCUUCUAAUUAUAGACUGUGUCUAAUUCUAUACCAUUUUAUUCUCAGUUUCAUACCUGCAUUUAUGUUGCACAUUGCUGUAAAGCCUAAGCCAGCUCAGCUGACUCUGGAAUUUCUAGCUUUCCAGUGCUAUGUCCUUGCUGCAGCCUCAGCUCUGCACCAAAAACACUGAUCUCCAGUGCUCUCCUUACUUGAUUGUUUGCUUUGAGCUCCUGCAUUGCUUGAACUAUGAUAAUACAUCCACAGCCAAUUAUUUUUUUCUCUUUUCCCCUCUCACUGAGUGAUAUCCUAAUUUUAACGAAGUAGAGAGGCCAUGGAUGGACACAGGCUUUCAUGAUCUCUCUGUCCUCUUCCUGGAGAAAAACCUUCUGAGUUACUUGGUGGAGUGAGCCAGCUUGAGAGACAUAUUGUGACCUAUGGUGUCUACCCCAUACAUUGUUCUAAACUGUCCUUGCACAACAAAUGGAUCAUGUUCUUUUCCCAUUGCUAUUCAGAUUGUACAUGUAUCAUUUGUUUAGCUGGAAAGCUAAAUGUGAUAAAAGCAGAAGAGUCCUAACAACCUGAAGAAUUCUUUGGUUUCUUCUUUUUACAUUUUUCAUCUUCUCUGGAAAAAAAAGGUAAGCUGUACAAAUAAGAUAAGGCCUAAGUAUUUAAUUUUAUGCUUAUGCACACUAUGUUAACUUCAGUCUGUUGUCUGGCUCCGAUCCCCUAAGAGCUCUCAGAAACAAUCCUACCAUAGUCUUCAGCUAAAUCAUGUUUAUCCUUAUUAAAGCUUCUUUUGCUUUGACUAAAGGAUGAUACAGGCCUUUUUAAUUCUAUCCCAUCUCCUUCCCAAAUGGGACACAGGGUGAGUCAGCCCUAAGGCUUGUAUAAUAUCUCAUUAAAAUACAGCCUGGUGUCUGUAACAUGGCUGUAGGUUGCUCACUGCUAAUUCAACUCCAUCUGUUUGUUGUUUGUUUUUCUUUUUACUGCUCCCAGUCAAGUACUUCAGUUUUAAGCAGGACAUGUAACAAAACUAACUUCAGUCCUCAUCACCACUGGUUCUGAAAAGAACCUCAAAAAUGGAGUUCCAUUCUCAGGCCUUUGUGACAUUAUGUAGUUAAUGAACUUACUACAACCUUCAUUUAUACUGAAGUCAAUGAAUCACAACAUCUCUCAAAGGACCUGGUCUAAUAUUGUUUACUACAAAUGCAGAAAGGCCGCACAGAAGCUCCAGGAACACCUUUUGUGCCAGAUACCUGAAAGUCCUUCCCACUGAUGUAUGAGUACCCAGUUUUAGCCUAGGGCAGUGUCUGAAGGAUGUCUUUUCCAGACAUCUCCUGUGACUCAUCUGCCCGUGAGUUGCUCAUGCUUCGUUCCAUUAAUAGUCAGCAGAGCUAGAUGAACACUUCGGCAGCGUGAGCCUCAAGUGGACAUCUAAAGUGCUUGGAUGACUCUGCUCUGGAACUGCCCGUUCUGUUCCACAAUUCAUUUCUAUUAAUGGAUAUUAAUUUACUUUACACUUACUCGAGUUAAAUUGCCCUUUUUCUGCGUUGUUCCUGAAGGCACUGAGAACUCUUUGAAUUCUCUGCCAAUAUGCAUUCUUUUCUGACUGGAAUGGUUGCUGUGACAAGCAGUCACUACUAAUUCUUUCUUCUGUCCAUUUUUCUGUGGUGACAUUCUUCCUAACAUCGCCUUCCUGGAAAUCAUUCAUCUGUGUUGAUUCUUUCAAUGUUUUCUCAUAAUUCUUGACAUCUUUAACUUAUUUUUAACUAUUUAACGAAUUUUUAACCAUUUUAAAAUUUAAUUGCAGAGAACAUGUGCUAUGAGUUGAAAAGUUAGGUCUAAUCCCUCUCUUUCCUGUUUUGUUUUCCCCUAGAAAGAGGCCUCUCUUUGCUAGGCUAUCAUCUGUGCCAGUAUAGCCUGACCAAAAAUGUUUUUAAAGUGGUUGCCUACCAAAAGUCCUUUGAGAAAAACACUUCCUGUGGUGGAUGGGUACCAUGGAUGGUAUGUCCCCGGAUGUACUACAAAACACAGUAUCGUACUGUUGAAGUUCCUGAGACCAUCAACUUUACAGAUUGCUGUGAAGGAUAUGAGCAAGUUGGGCUCUACUGCUCUUUAGCGCUCAAUAGGUCCAGUGUAUUUGCUUCAAGACCUGGUAUUUGUCCAAUGGAGAAUAUAGAAACAUCUGAUUAUUCUUGCACGUUCGAUGCUGAAUGUCCAGGACUGAAAAAAUGCUGCAACUCAUCCAAGGGAGCAGGCUGUGUGAAUCCAAAGCCAGAGGAAAGGAUGUUCUGGUACAACGUGACAGUCCUGGUGAAAAUGGAUUUUAAUGAAUUAAUUAGAGUGGAUUCCCACCUUCUGAAUCAUUCACGCCUUUUGCAUUCCAUGAUUACUGGUGCAUUACAGCCCUUGAAUACCUCUGUGCACCAUAUCCAGAGUAACUAUGCAGAAAUGUAUGCUGGGACAGUGGCCUCUCAGGUUCUGAUUGGACUGCAUCAACCAGCUCCACUAGCAGAGGUUUCUUCUUCCUUGAAGAACAUGGUUAAGCGUGUGUAUGAAGUGAUUGACACAGAUGUGAAAGAUGUUGAUGAAUGUUCCUAUGCUGAAUUCAAUGCUUGCCCUGAGCAAAAUUCCUGUGUAAAUCUGGAGGGUUAUUACAGCUGCAUCCCUGAGCACCAAGAAGCAUAUGUCAGACCUCUCCCGCUGAGCACAAGGAAAGAUGGCAUGGCAGCAUCCACUCCAAGCUCAGAGUUGGAUCCCAUUAACGUCAGCACUAGCUCUCCACCUAUACACAAUUCAAGUCUCUUGUCCAUGACUAACCAAUCUACUGAUGCUGGAUGCUAUCCCUCUGCAAUUACAAACCAUCGAAUCUUCAGUGUUACCAGCAACAGCUUUGAAAUGUCCUGGCAUGUCACAUCUACUCUAAACCAUACUUUCCAAGUCCAAGUGUUCCAGGACAAGGAGAUUGUAAAAAGCAUGAAAACAGAUGAAGAGAAAAUGGGUGUUUCUGGACUGGAAGCCGGUGUGAUGUAUUCAGUAGAGAUCAGCUAUGAAAGCUGUGGAAAAUCCAUCCUCUCCCAUCAAAAUGUUAAAACAGAGGCUAAGAUAUUUGGUAUUACUAUGAGGAUUCUCAACUACAGCUUCACUGAAGAUCUCCAUGAUUCCAGCAGCUCAGCAUAUGAAGAAUUUUCAAGGCUGUUGCUUACGGAGAUUGGGAAUUCCUUUCCACCCAACAUUUCUGCUUUAUAUGAAUCUGGGAAACUGAAAGUGCAGAUUGAAUCCCUGCAAGCUGGGAGCAUCAUUGUGAGACUCAGAAUUGCAGUGCAGGAUCCUGGGUUUCCAGUUGAUGCCUCCUCCUUUGCCCCAGUGCUUUCAUACUUGUACAAUGGCUCCGUACUGUUGGUGGAUCAGCAGAACUCUACAGUAGAAGACUGGGAUGAAUGUGCUUCUCCCAUCGACAAUGACUGCUCCGUGUUUGCACAUUGUAUCAAUCUGAUGGGCUCAUACCUCUGCAGAUGCAAGACAACCAUGGACACCAAUCCAUCCCGGCCUGGAAGAAACUGUGAGGGUGAGAUCGUGAGCCCUCUGACUGAAAGAACAGCCCUCGAAGUAGCCAGCAGCACACAGCUUGCUCCUGAAGCUACCUUUGCAGCCUCUGCCUUCCCCACCAUCUCUGCAGGCUCUGAGACGAGCACCACUGCACACAGCCCUGCUGCACUGUCACUGGGUGAGAGGCAAGCACCCCCUCACCAUUCUACCACCAGCACUCAUCCAGCCCCUUGGAAUAAAAGUCUGACACCAUACAUGGCCAGUGACAAUAGCCCCAUGGCUGUGACUGAAGAGCAGCAGACCACCAUGAGUCCAUCACAGCAGAGCUCAUCGGCUGAGUCUUCCCCUUGUACAUCGCAGCAAGUGGCUACUCUCACAAAUGCAUCCAUUGGCACUCACAAGCAAGAGCAACGUAGUUCUCCAUUGUCAAUGUUAUCAAACCAAACAGCCUUCGGUAUCUCUGGAAGUCAUGCAACUUCUGGAGAGCCUCAAGUCCACUCUCAAGAUGGCCCCAUCACAGCUCUGCCAGCCACAGGGGAUGCAGGAGCUCCCAUUCUCAGUGCCACUCUCAACACACACACACAGACACAAAGAGAGAACAGCUCUUGGGCUGAGAAUCACACCACAGCCCUGGGGUCACCGGCUAUGACAGGCAUCUCCCUGGCUCCCAGCCCAAUGCCAAGCCCGGCCAUGGACCACACUGUCCAAAAACUUAACGGAAUGGUGCGGAUAACAAAUGUGAAAUACUCACCAGACUUUAGCAAUGAAAGCAGUGAGGACUAUCAAAACUUUGCACAGCUCUUUGUUGAUGAAGUACAUAAAUCUCUGCCCCUUGAUGUUCUUCAGCAGAUGGAUGCUGGUCUGAUUAAAGUGUUGAUAACUGAUAUUACUAAUGGGAGCACCGUGGUAAGUUUCCAUUUACUGAUUGCAGAAGAUGUGGACAUCUACUACAUCAUCACUGCUUUUCGUGAUGCAAUUGAACACAGCUCCUAUUUCACAGUUGACAAGAACAGUGUCUCCAUAAAUGAUUAUGAUGAGUGCAAGAGUGAAGAAGAUGACUGCUCCCCAGAUGCAUCAUGUUAUAACACACUUGGAUUUUACCACUGCAGCUGCAAUGAUGGAUUUGCUGAUAUGCAUCCGGAAAGACCUGGAAGAAACUGUGCAGACUAUGUUAUUUCCGUUGUCAGUAACAGGGAAGGGCAGAAAAGCCAGAGGUGUGCCAUGGAACUAGGCAAAAAGAUCCAAACACUUGCUCAGAGGCUUGCAAGAAUCCGUAAAUUACUUCAGUAUCUUUAUUUUUGUCACUCUUCAGCAUUUCCUACGAGCCAGGAGGGAACCGUGGUGGACAGGAAGCCUGUACCCAGUGCAGUUUUACCUGUGACAUCUUUGGAGACUUCAACUUAUAUUUCCUCCUUUGUGUCGUUGAACUUAUCUGCUACUCAAAACCAAGCCCCAGAGGACACCCCAUUCUCCAGUGUGACGCUACCUCUUCUUACCACGGGUUCUGGGUCAGCUCCCGAUGUUCCUCCUCGAGCAUCUCCUGCCCCCCUCGUUAAACCUGCCCAGGUUUCCAUUAAAGAUGCAGUGACAGUGUUCUGCGAAAUUGAGAAGACUAUUCUUGCCAUCCAGAAGGGAUUUUUACAUCAGGAAUCCAUCUCUGAGUCCUCUCUGUACCUCGGGGAACCCCUUUGCAACGUGAGCAUCAGCAAUGGCACUCAUGCUGUGCUGCAGGCUGGCUGGAGCGAAUGUGGCACUGAAGUUGAGACCAAUGUGACUAACACUGUAGUGAAAACCGUGCUGCGGAAUGAUGAUUCUGCUCAGGGAGUAAUCCACCACUUAAAAGUUGCCAGUCCUAUUCACUGUGUGUUUCAAAACAAUCUCUUGACUUCCUCUGGAUACACUGCAGAAGGAAUUUACACUAUUUUUGAGGAUUUACAUGGAUCUGGACACUUCAGAACAGAAAUGCAAUUAUUUAUUGGAAACUCCCCAGUACCAAAAAAUUUCAGUAUCUCUGCCAGUGAUGAUGUACUGAUCGAAGUGGGGAUUCAGAGAGAAGACAGCAAGCUGAAGGUGGUCCUCACUGACUGCUGGGCAACUCCGACCAACAAUUCAGUGGAUCCCCUCUCAUUUGCUUUUAUCAAGAACAGCUGUCCUAUUCCAAAUACAUACACCACACUUCUAGAGAAUGGAAAUUCAAGCAAAGCACAGUUUAAGCUGAAGAUUUUUUCCUUUGUCAACAACUCUGUAGUUUACCUACACUGCAAAAUUCGUAUCUGCAUGGAGACACCGGGAAGCACCUGCAGGACAAGAUGCCAUGCAGCUCGAUCCCUGAAAACCGGUGAAAUCAUCGCUGCCCACAGAACAUCCUGGGGACCUCUGUGUAAAUCUGCCGCAUCUGAUCCAAAGAGAGAGAAGGAGCCUGGUAUGGGAGUUGGAUAUAUCAUCCUUAUUGUCAUUGCUGUGUUUGGCUUUGUGCUGGCAGUUGUGAGCCUUGUCAUUUUCCAGUGCAAGCAAAAGAUGGGAAGAUACAACUUCAGAAUCAAGUCUGACAACUUCAGCUACCAAGUGUUCUAUGAUUAGCAAUUUCUAUGUUACCAGAUUUGACUUGUGUCUCAUCACAGACAAUUGCAGCUUGUCUUUAUUCUGCAUUUGGCUUUCAUUACGCUUCAUGAUGGUGGCCACCAAUGAUUCCAACACUGGCUCUUAACAUCACAAGUAAAAGGCUUCUGUAUCUCUCGUUUUGUUUUGUUUUGGUAGCAAUUUGGCUUUUUCCUAAUGUUCGAAGAGCUAUUUGUGUCUGCAGCUCUAAGUCGAGAUCAACUUAUUUGGCAGUUUCACGUGGAAAAAGGUACAAGAGAAAAAGGAAAGACUUCAUGGUUCUCUGUUCAUGUUUCAAGGCUGGGCUGUCCCACUGUGCCACAUUGCAGUUUUCCCCUCUUAGCAUAAUUUGUACCAUUACACAAGUAACAUGUUUCUCUAAAUAUUUCAGGAAGUAAAUCAAGAAAACGUUAGAGAUUUUGUUUUCAUUUUGUUAUUCACUGUAUACUUAAGGUGAGGUUGAAACCUUGAGAUGCAGCAACACUGAAGACCUAGUUGUGCAACGCCUUAGGUAUACAGAAGCUGGAGAACAAGUACUUGAUUUAUCACCAAAUAAAGAAAAUGCACCAUGAGUCUGUGACUCAGCCUGCAUGGUGUACUCUUUGACGUGAGCCUUGAGGUUCGACUGUAAAUUCUUUAAUUGAGAAGGGCUUGAUGAAAAAAUGAAAGAAAUGUUUUGCUACUGGAAAUCCAUAGUUUCCCAUAUAAUUCCAUUGCUACCCACCUGCUCUGUUUAAUUAGAUCAGAGUGAUUUUGCAGUUGAGGUACAGUGUGCUGCCCAGCAAAGUGAGAGGACUCUGACUACACACAGUAGGUGUAAAUUUGACCCAUAUUUUGGCUGCAUUGCAAGACUCUACCAGUACUACAGCAGCAGAUACUGUAUGUACAGUACUGAACAGUACUACUGUUCAGCUGGAUAAACUGGAACAAAAAUAUUUUUGACACCCGAAGCACCCCUUGCAGGACGCUUCAAUGAGUGUUUUGGAAGAUGGAGAGUGUGGUAACUCAUCCCCACCACUGCUGGGUUCUGAUUGCUACACAUACACCUCAUGGCCAGCGGUGGAGGCUGCUGGGUCAGCAUCACAGUGAUGCAGACAUUUGCAGUGAACAAGAUAAUUCCUCUUUAAGUGAAAUGAAUGCCAUUAUAAACAUCUCUCUAGUGGAAGAUGGCCAUUAGUUUGAACUCAAAACUACUCAUAUCAGCCAUAGCAUUUAGGUGCUGGUUUGUUGGUGCAGAAUAGCAUUGAAAAUCUGCUUUUCUAGCCCCUUUAUCCAACUGCUGUUAGGUUCUAAGACUGCUGGGCAAAAGAUUUGGCCUGUGUUUUGCAAAAGGUCAGACUGGUUGAUCUUAGAGGUUAUACACAGCUUAAGGAUUCAUAAAUUAAUUUUGGAUAUAACUUUUAUAUUCUGUUUUGAUUCAAGUGGAUCUGUAAGAAGUAAAAAUCUUUGACUUGUCUUUUUGUUGCUGAAAUAUCAGUUCUCAGAUCCUGAUAAAAAAAUCAAUUUGGUUGUAAUUCAUUAAUGAAGCUGCAAUUUACCUUUGUAAUUUUAAAGUUUGAUAAACACAAUCAUUAACUUUUUAUGAUGUAGGUGUCUCCUCACUUUUGCUGUUUGCUUUCGAAUAUAUGUUUGCUUUCCGCACACAUUGAAAGUUCAAUCUAUUUUACUAAAAAUAUUUUUAUAGUUUGUGGUGUGUACAAUCCUAAACCUCCUCUAGUGGCAGGGCUAGAGAUUUGCCUAUUGAUUUCAGCAGAGCUAUACCUCUAAUGGAAGCUGAGCAGUUGCCUCUGUUUGAUACCAUGCAGGCCCAGCAGAAACCGAUAUUGUGACUAUCUGAAUAGCUGUGCUGUAAUGUCUUAAUAAAAGCGCUCUCAUACCUUA